AUGAGAACAAAAGCAGAGGUCAGGGACGAGGAAGGCGACAGAAUCAGCAAGGCGGCAACGGACAUGGAACCUCACCAUCAAGCUCAUCGUCUUUCCAUCAUAACUAUAAUCAUCAUUCAUCAUCCAGUUGAGGUCUCAAAGGGACCGCCUGGCCCAAUAAUGCCUGAUGGGAAGAGAGGGUUCACCAUGGGGCGUGGUAAACCACUUCCUCCUCCUCCCACAUCCACUCAAACCAAUCACGAAGUUUGA